GAGAGUUUGGCAAGGUGCGCAUCGGAUACCUGAAGCAUGAGGGCAGCAGCGGAGGGGCAGCGACGGUGAGCGUGGCCGUCAAGACGCUGAAGGGCAGAUCCGACGAGCAGCAGCAGCAAGACUUCCUGUGCGAGGCGAGCGUCAUGGGCCAGUUCGACCAUCGCAACAUCGUCCGCCUGGAGGGCGUCGUCACCAAGAGUAAACCCGUCAUGAUCAUCACCGAAUUCAUGGAAAACCAUUCCAUGGAUGUGUUCCUCAGGAAGAAGAAGGGCCACUUGCUGUUGCCCCAGCUGGUGGGAAUGCUGCGGGAUGUGGCGUGCGGCAUGCGGCACCUGUCCCGCGUGGGCUACGUGCACCGGGACCUGGCCGCCCGCAACGUGCUCGUCAGCGGCGAGCUCACGUGCAAGGUGUCCGACUUCGGACUCUCGCGGAUGCUUCUGCCGGACGACCACUCCGAGGCGGUGUACACCACCCGGGGGGGGAAGAUCCCCAUCCGCUGGACCGCCCCGGAGGCGAUUUCCCAGCUCAGGUUCACGUCGGCAAGCGACGUGUGGAGCUACGGCGUCGUCAUGUGGGAGGUGAUGACACACGGCGAGCGGCCAUACUGGGACAUGAGCAACCGGGACGUGCUGGAGGCAGUGGAAGGUGGCUGGCGACUGCCACGUCCCAUGGGAUGCCCCAUGUGUCUCCGUCGCCUCAUGCUGAGCUGCUGGCACGCGGAGAGCUCCUGCAGGCCCUCGUUCACCCAGCUCGUCACCGCCGUCACCGACGCGCCGCACUACAGUUUCUCGUCCGCGGUGGCGGUGGCCUCCACACGCCGCGGCGACUUUUCAACGUCGAUGACGCCGCCGCCGAUUCUUCCACCACCUCCUCCCACUGCGUCUUAG